AUGGAGAAAUUGGAAAAAAUUGAUUAUCAAGAAAUAACUAUUAAAAUUUGGGAUAUAAUGGAAGAGAAUUCAAUUCCUAUUUAACUUUAAAUAUCUUAACAACUAGGUGGAUUUGAUAGAAUACUUUUCAAGAUAUUGGAACCUCAUCACCUAUUAUAAAAUAAUAAAUUUAAUUAUGUUGACAUUAAAAACGAAAGUAUUAUUUCUUUAAUUUGUGAUGCUUUAAUAGAAUUCAACCUUACUAAUUUUGACUUUUAUAGCGAGUUUAUAAAUUAUUACUAUUUGAAAUAAAUUGAAAAAUAGAAAAACUUAGGUAAAUCUUUAAAUAUAGAUCGUUUUUUGCAUGAUAUUUAAAAAUAUUCUAUUAAACUUGCAAACGCAAUGAGUAAUAAAUAAUUGACUUAAGUUUAAUAUAAAUAAUAAGGUAUAUUAUACAAUGAAGAAGGAGAAGAAGAAAAAUGGUUAGAUGAAUUUUUUUAUGAUGACGGUUAAAACGGAUCUUAUAAAAAAGAUAUAAGAAGUUGCUCGUUGGUCUAAAAAAAAGGCCCAAACUUUUCAUUUGUCCAUAAGUCAAUAUAGGAGUUUUUGAUUGCAGCCGAUUUAUAUGAAUUGUUAGUUUAAGGAAAAGAUCUAGAUCUAAAAGUAUUUGAUUCUUUGAUGGAAGAAUUUUUAAGAGUAAAAUGUAGAUAAAGAUUGCUUAGAAUUGAUAAAAAAUUUAUUGAAUAAGGAGUCAAAAUAUUAAUUCUAAUUUUUAAAAUCACAAUAAUUAGUUGAUAAAAUUAAGUUAAUUAAGAAUCUUAUUGAAAAAAUAUAAAAACAUGCCUUUAAUUUUAUAAAUUAUUCCACUGAAAUAUAUUCAGAAACAAGAAAAUAUCUGAUUUAAAAAAUAUCUGAUGAGAUUAAGAUUAUAUAAUUGUUAAAAUUUUUAGUUCAUCUCACAACAAUAGAUCAAAAAUUCAUUUAAAGUGGAAGUAAUUCACUAAAUUUAUUAGUUGAGAUGAAAGUUGACCUAACUAUGUAAAGCUUUUAAAAUAUAAAAAUUAAAGACACAUCAAUAUUUGGAGCUAACUUAGCAAAAUGCAAUUUGAGUGAAUCCAAAUUUGAAAAUAUAAAUAUUAAUGGAAUUAAUUUAAAUGGUGCGAAAUUGUUUAAUUGUGAAUGGAAAAAUUUAAGAAUAAAUGAAUAGUUAUAGAUGAAUGGUCAUUCUUAAGUUGUUAAAACAAUAUGCUUCUCCCCUGAUGGAACUACUUUAGCUUCAGGUAGCAAUGAUUAGUCUAUUCGUUUGUGGGAUGCUAAAACAGGAUAAUAAAAAGCUAAAUUGGAAGGUCAUAGUAAUAAUAUCAACUCAGUAUGCUUUUCGCCAGAUGGAAGUACUUUAGUUUCUGGUAGUGCUGAUUAUUCUAUCCGUUUUUGGGAUGUUAGAACUGGAUAAUAAAAAGCUUAAUUAGAUACGAAUUAUAACAAUGUCUCCUAAUUAUACUUCUCCCCAGAUGGAGCUACUUUAGCUUAAUGUGGAAAUCGAAAUCACGUUCUUUUAUUGGAUGUUGGGACGGGAAAUAAAAAAGCUUAUUUAUUUGGUCAUAGUGGUUUUGUCCACUCAGUAUGCUUCUCACCUGAUGGUACUACUUUAGCAUCUGGUAGUUAAGAUAAGUCAAUCAGAUUAUGGGAUGUUAAAACUGAAUAAUAAAAAGCCAAAUUAGAUGGUCAUACACUUGCUGUCUACUCAGUAUGCUUUUCACCAGAUGGAACUAUUUUAGCAUCUGGUGGUAUGGAUAAAUCUAUCAAUUAUGGGAUGUUAAGGCUGGAUAAUAAAAAGCUUAGCUUGAUGGUCAUAGUGAUACUGUUGUAUCAGUAUACUUCUCGCCUGAUGCCGAAGGAGAUAUUUUAGCUUCUUGUAGUAUUGAUGGGUCUAUUUUGUUAUGGGAUUUUAAGAUUGGAUAAUAAAAUGCCACAUCAGACGGUCAUACUAGUUUAGUCCAAACAGUAUGUUACUCACCAGAUGGUACUAUUUUAGCUUCCGGAAGUGCUGAUAAGUCUAUACGUUUAUGGGAUGCUAAAACUGGAUAAUAAAAGGCUAAAUUAGAUGGCCAUACGGAUUAUGUUAUCUCAGUAUGCUUUUCACCAGAUGGAACUACAUUAGCUUCAGGUAGUUGUGAUUGCUCUGCCUGUUUAUGGGAUCUGAAGACUGGGUAAUAAAAAGCUAAAAUAGAUUGUUUUCAAAAAGGUGUCUCAUCAGUAAAGUUCUCACCAGAUGGAAAUACUUUAGCUUUAAGUAGUUUUGAUAAAACUAUUCGUUUAAUAGAUGUUUAGAAUGGAUAAUAAAAAGCUUAAUUAGAAGGUCAUAAAAUGGGUUUCUAUUCGGUAUGCUUCUCACCUGAUGGAACUACUUUAGCUUCAGUUGGUUAUGGUGAAUCUAUCUGUUUUUGGGAUGUUAGGACUGGAUAAUAAUAUGCAUAAUUGGGUUCUUAAAGUGAUUUCAUUAGAUAAAUAUGCUUCUCCCCAGAUGGAACUACUUUAGCUUCAAGUAGUGACGAUAUGUCUAUUUGUUUAUGGGAUGCUAAGACUGGAUAAUUAAAAGCUUAAUUAAAUGGUCAUGAUCGAUAGGUCUUUUCAGUAUGCUUCUCACCAGAUGGAACAAUGUUAGCAUCCGGCGGUAUGGAUAACUCUAUCAGAUUAUGGGAUGUUAAGACAGGAUAACAACAAGCAUAAAUAGAUGGUCAUACUAGUGAAGUCUAUUCAGUCUGCUUUUCACCAGAUGGAACUGCUUUAGCAUCUUCUAGUGGUGAUAAGUCUAUUCGCGUAUGGGAUAUUUAAGUUGGUUUAAAAAUUUAACCUUUUGAAUUAUACAAAGAUCUGCUUUCAUAAUUCUAAAUAACCUUAAAUUAAAACUAAACUUUUGAAAAAAGUAUUUUUAUUAUAUAUUCAUUUAGACACUUCAAAUCUAAAUAUGCUUCUUAUUUCAUAAUAGACCUUUUUUCAAGUAAAUGGAGCUUUGAUUUUUUAAGGAUAAUUCAAGAAUCAUAAAGGAAUAGAUUUAAGAUAAUUAUUAUUAUCCAAAGGAGGUAUCUUUUUAGAAAAUAAAUUAGAAUAAUAAAAAUAGAAUUGA